ACAUAUGUAGAUAUUACAAGAAGUUUCCAUUGAAAAGGAUAAAAAUCGUGUGGUUGCUAAUGUGGUCAACAGCACAAAAAAAUGUAAUUACGAUCGAAGUGUCUACUCGAGCGUGUGAAGAUUUUUUCCAAUGUCAGCUCCCUGCUGUAGCUAGAUAGAUAGAUAAUUACCAAGUGAGUGGAUCUGGGAAUAUUAAACGAACGACAAUAAUAAUGAUAAUUCGUUUUUCUUCGUGUCUCGCAUCGACGAUCUUCCAUCGUCGGCCACCUCGUUUUUCCUCUCGUUACUGUGUCACAAAAGUGAGUCACAUAUGUGUGGUGUAUUUCUUAACACUUUGAUCUAAGUGACCAGAAUAUUCGAUCCAAUUCAGUGAGAACUCUACUUAUUCAAAUAUAGUGCAAGAUUCGCUGGCUGAGAUUUGGGAUCGAUACCAGGUCAAGGACGCGUUAACCAACUUGGUGGUGUCUUCAUAAAUGGAAGACCGUUACCGAAUCAUAUUCGACUAAAAAUCGUGGAAAUGGCUGCAGCUGGGGUCAGACCCUGUGUGAUUUCGAGACAGCUAAGAGUAUCUCAUGGAUGUGUUUCGAAAAUUUUGAACCGCUACCAAGAAACCGGAAGCAUCAGACCUGGCGUGAUCGGCGGCAGCAAGCCUAGAGUCGCUACGCCAGAAGUAGAGAAUAGGAUUGAAGAGUACAAACGCGAUAAUCCGGGAAUAUUCUCAUGGGAGAUACGCGACAGAUUGAUAAAGGAAGGAAUUUGCGACCGGACUAGUGCUCCAAGCGUCUCGGCGAUCUCAAGACUACUCCGUGGUCGCGACCCCGAGGAUGAAACUAAACUUGGCGACCGCGACGGUAAAACGAGUUCCGGAUCUGAUUGUGAGAGCGAGCCAGGAAUUCCUCUAAAAAGAAAACAACGUAGGAGCAGGACGACCUUCACAGCUCAUCAAUUAGACGAACUAGAACGGGCAUUCGAACGAACCCAAUAUCCAGACAUUUAUACCAGAGAAGAAUUAGCCCAGAGGACCAAAUUAACUGAAGCCAGAAUUCAAGUUUGGUUCAGCAAUAGAAGGGCCAGGUUGAGGAAGCAGCUAUCUUCAACUUCUGGUGGUUACGUCAGUUCAGUCGCAUAUCCUGCAGCAUCUUAUGUUUUACAUCCGCCUGCUGCGCCUCAUCCACACGCUACAACUGCUGUUCCACCGGGUCAUCCGCAUCCUCAUUCUCAUGGGCAAACUUUACCUGAUAGCACAUUCUCGUCGAGUCAAGUUACAGAGCUCUAUUCUUCUCACCAUAGCACGAUGUCUCAUCAAUUAACUUCCGAUUCAACACGUCUGUCCUCAUCUGUCGGAUCCACACCGGCUUACGGUCUUCCAGCAUCGGUAACUUAUCCCAGCUCGCUGUUACCAGCAACAUCGUCAACCAGCAACACUCACAUGAGCCAUCAAAUGUCUCCAGUAGCUGCAGCUUCCUCUUCAACGUACCAACAGGCCAGUGGUCAUCAACAUCCAACAACACCGAAUUCCUUGGUCACCAUGAUGGGUUCAAAUUCUGGAAACUCAAAUCCAGCAUCCGAACAAUUAGCUUCUGCGGAUUUACCGAUUAGCUCGGUAUCUCCUGUUCAACAACAACAACAACAGCAAGCGAGUCAGGGGAACUCUUCGCCAACGUGGAAUCUUCAGAUUUCUAGCGGAGGAAGAGUUGGACUUCCGAGUCCACCAACGAGUCUGCAGCAGUCUCAUGCUCACGCUGCACAUCCUCAUCAAGCUUUCGCUAGUCAUUAUAGCGCUCAAGGUUUUCAACAACCACCCAGACCUGCUCCUCAUCAACCGUUUUAUAGUUGGUAUUGAGGAGAUUAGGAAUUUCGAGGAUUUAAGGACAUAAUCUUAAACUGUAUAUAAUUGUAACUAGAUGAAUAUAUGAAUGUAGUGGAGGAGAAAUUAUACGAACGGACAGAAGCUAAUGAAACUGCCACAUUAAACACUGGCAUAAACAAAAACGUAUACGUAAACAGAUACUAACUAUUCUAUUGCGUUUAGAAAUAUUCCAAGCUUAUAAGCAAAGAAUUGCUGACUGUUUCUAUCUCUCUUUUUUCUCUUAUUAUUUAAUUGUUGGUUUUAACAGGAAAAUUGCAACAAAAGAAGAUUUACAUGAAUGAUAGAUUUAAAGUGACACGAGUUUCAGAUAUCUUGAAACUUUAAAUAUUUAUUAAUUAAACGGAAAUUAAACUUCAGAUAUUUAUUAGUUAAACGGAAAUUAAACUUCAGAUAUUUAUUAGUUAAACGGAGUUAAAAGGAAGUGAGGAAACGAGUAAGAAUGGAAUGGCAGUAAAUAAAAUAAUUCUGUCGAACUAUUGUUUAUUCCACUAUUUGGGGAGAGACGCGUGAGGAAGCAUAUCAGCGGGAGUCAUAAAUUCCCGUUACGAUUAGAUAAUCGACGCCACGAACUGAUCGAUCCCCUUAUUUCUGUUACGAUAAUAGGAGGUGCUUCAAUUGAGUCUACACUGAAUUAGCAGACAUAAAUUAUAACUAUUCCUAAUUUUUACAAGUUUAUGUUAUUUAUUGUAAAAUAUUCGAACAAUAUUCCAAUAUUAAUAGCAAAAUAUUUGUAGAAUAAAUUCUAAAAUAACCAAAUGGUAAUUUGUAAAAUUUGUUUGCAGAUAUGGAUCCGUUUUAUUGCUAAAUUCGUUGCUGCUAUUCAAGAAAAUUUAUUAAUAUUAAUAGCGUGUAAUUUGUGAGCUUUACUAAUAAUGUUAGUUCAAUCGUACAAAGGGAUCAGAACUUACAUUAUAAGAAUGUCAAACACAAUUAUUAAAAAUUAAUAGCUAUAAAAUACUGCGACAAGAAAAUUAGAAAGCGUGUGGGAGAAAAUUCGAAUAUUAUUUCUGACAUCAUCGUACCGCCUAAGUGUUACAUCUAAGAGCUUAAAAAGAUUAUUUCUGGUUGUGUAAAAAUUAAUAUGAUGAUAAAUUUAUUCAACGAAAUUCCUUAGGCGUGAAUAAAUUCAAUGAUUGUACAAUAAAGUCACAUCGAAACUAUGUAGAAAGAUAUUGCGAUUAUUACAGACAUUUAUGAAAAAAGGUCGUGAAGAUUUCUUUUCUUGUAAUAAUUGUAAAGUUUGUCUAUUUUUUUAUAGAUUAUUAAGUAACCAAGAAUAAUUAAUUAAUGUUAAUUAUCAAUGUUAAUUAAUUAAUUAAUUAUUAAUGUUAAUUAAUUAAACAUUGUAAAUAUUCGCUACGUUUAUUGUCGGUUUUUGGGUUCUCACGUUAAAAAUCGAUUAUUUGAUCGUAAUUCGUAUACAAUGCGAUCAAAGAGUAUAUUUAAUAGUAUAAAUAAUUGGUAGUUCCUAACUUGGCAAUAUGAGAGUAAAUUUUUAAUCGAAAUAUGUCUUUCUUCGUUGAACAAACAGAGCACAAUAAAUUGAUUGUAUUAAUGAAAAACUGAAUUUGAAACGUUUAUAAAUGAAGAUCGAAAAGAAUUAAGAAUGGUGUUUGUAAAACGGAGAAUAAUUUCAUUUGAAUUUUCACGAAGUAUUGUUGUAAAGUAUUAUUAAAUUAUAUAUACGUCGUAUUAAGCAUGCAUGAUAUCGUAUCUUGAGGAGUAACAUUACUAAAUAAAGUUUCGAAAAAAAAGAAAAUACGAACACCACGAUAAUAAACAUCAUUCAAAUUACUAUUAAGAAAUAUAGUUGCUCAAUA